UCCCUCCCUCCCACUUCCCUAGCCCACAGCCAGCGCCAGCCUCCCCUCUCCUCGCGCGGCCGCUAGUCGCGACACCAACCAAGGAACCAACCACAUGGCGCGCCUCGGCCUCGGCCUGCUCGCGGCGGUGGCCGUCCUCGCGCUGGCGUCCGGCGCGGCGUCGCAGGCGCUGGCGCCGGCCCCGUCGUCAUCGAUGGACUGCGGGGCGGCGGUGGCGGGGCUCCUCCCGUGCCUCUCGUACGUGCAGCAGGGGAGCCCGCAGGGAAAGCCAGCCAUGGAGUGCUGCGCCGGCGUCAAGGGCGCCCUCAAGAGCCCGGCCACCGUCGCCUGCCUCUGCGCCGCAUUCAAACAGAAGUACCCCGUCGCGAUCAACAUGACCCGCGCCGCCACGCUGCCCGCCGCGUGCGGCGAGGACCAGGCCGCCUUCAGCAAGUGCAACAUCAAAGUGCCCGGCGCCCCUACUGAAGGUCCUGCACCUGCUUCUGGAUCGGCACCGGCCGCCAACAGCCCAGGCGCAUCGAAGUCGGCGGCAGCCCGAUCGCCGGUCUCAGCAUUCGCCGUCGUGGCCGCCGUGGCCGCGCCUCUGCUCUCUUAUUACUACCUCUGAAGAUUUGUUGGAUGAUUUGAUUAUUUCGUUUGUGGAUGUUUGUGAAAAUUGUGCCAUAAUUCAUUGAGACUUGAAUUGGGAGAGGCUGUUGAAUUGGUCUCAGCAUUCGCCGUUUGAUUAUCUUGAAUUGGGAGACUUGAAAAGAACAAAGAAACUGCACGUCGUUCAGUAUCAAAAACGGAGAAGACACAGAAUCAGUUAUCUGUUCUCAUGUCAUUCUGUAAGGAAUUUCUGUAGCCAGCUACUCCACCUCACGGCCUCACCAUAGCAAGAUUAUGCCAAAACAGCACCAUGGAACACACAUACUUUCCAAUAUUAUGAUCUGUUGCCAACUCAUGUACUGAAAGAUUCAGAACACAUUCAGGGAUUGGAAUGCUAUUCCCCUGUUCAAUUCAUACUCAGAAACCAGGCAUAGUCUGAAAUUGCAUUACGCUUAAACUUAAGAACCAAUACACGCUCGUAGAGAACCAAUACACGCUUGUACGGCCCACAUGCCAGAUGAGUACCAGAAUAUCAGGGACAGAGAUACAGACCAACCUUCCUAUUGUUGAACUGAAUGUUAUCAGACAAAAACAAAAUCAACUUCAGGGUACAAUACUUGCUCCAUCUUCAUGCAAGCAGGUCACUACAGAGAUGGGGCACCAGUUGCAGCCACCAGCCAUGCUACCACCAAUUGCACACAUUUCAGGAGUUCAUAUAUUCAUGCAAGCAGGUCGAUCAAGAGUAGUCGAACAGAUUGACCAGAGAUAGAGAAAUUCAUGGUGUAUCAUUCAGUCAGUUCAUGCAAGCAGUACAAAAAUAUUCACUGCAACUAAAUAAAAGCAGAACUGCAGAGGUUGAGCUA